CUUUCCCCGUCCCUGUCCUUCCUACUCUCAACUCCUUGCUCACUAGAUGGUCUCGAUUUCUGCUCUGGCAAAUGGCAGAUCAGUCAAUUACCAACUUGAAGCCGAGCACGCCGCCCUGGCCAUCCCUCUACGACCCGUCUAUUGAUCUCCUUCGGAUCUCAGGCAACGAGGCAAUCCAGCCAAGAGGUCAUUACCUCAAUGACGCCAAUGACAUCUUCCGGUUUACCCUCUACUGGACCUUCGUCUUCUAUCUCCCGUUCUUCGUCCUCUGCGGUGUCCUCGCAUUCCUCAACAUCGCCUUCGCACCCACACUUCACCACUCUGCUUAUCUACGUCAUGAAGAGCAACAACAGUAUGAAUCUUUCCCUCUCGUGAACACGACACCACAAACGGCAGCCUCGCCUACAUCUGCAACGGGUUUUGUCCCAAAGCCUAAUGCUUCACAAGUAUCAGCAUCACGGCGCACGCCGCCAAAGGUUAACCCGCACCGUACUCGUGCUACCUACGCCGUAUUGGUUCUCCUGAUGUAUCUCGCCGCUGGUCUCCUAGGUGCCGUCGUCGGCUCAGCAGUCAUCGGAUACCUUCUCGCGGCACUCUACAAAGCUGGACAUUUCAACAUGUCUACAUGGAUCCCACCGCUGUUUGCGUUAGUCCAAACUCUCGUUGGGAUACUGGGUGUUUAUCCGUCUCUUGCCGAGAUCAUAUGAAGUCGGGUUCUCUUUUGGUGGCUUUUGGGUCUGGGUGUUUGCUGGGUACCUUCGUACUCCCUUAGGGCACUUGGUUUCGCCCGACUACUUCGCAUCUUUCAGUCAUCUUAUCCUGUUAGUUUCUGUGCUCUUUCGGGUUGUUACACAACUUAUAAUGAUCCUUGCACAAUCGCACUCCUGUAUAUCUACAAUCAGCUAUCCUCAUCCUUUGUCUGUUAAUUCAGUCUCAUUCUCAC